UUUUCAGCGUACGAAAGAAGUGGCCGCCUCCUGGUGUUCCCAAUUGAAAUUGUUUCCCGCCAAAUAUCAACACCCCCCAUUUUCGCCGACGACUCCAAUAAGCCAUCCUCAUAAAACUAAAUGCGUGGGCAGCGUAGCCAAAAUCACCGCUAACAAACGCAGAGAUGACCUCUGCAACUCUGCGGACAAACCCUAAGCCUAAAAAUCGGAAGAAUGUGCACUACAUCGGAGGGAUCCCGGUGGACUUCCCGUACGAGCCGUAUGGAUCGCAGCUUGCGUUCAUGGGCAGAGUAAUCUUCACACUCGAUCGAGCCCAGAGAGACGGCCACUGUCAUGCGCUGCUCGAGUCUCCAACGGGGACUGGAAAGACGCUCUCUCUUCUCUGCUCGGUUCUCGCGUGGCAAGAGAAUCACAGAUCGAAGAACCUCUCCGCGAAUCUAGCUCAAUCGAAGCCUAAUCCAGAGGCGUUGUCUGAUCCUCAUGCUCAUGGCGGCGGAUUCAUUCCUGAAACGCAGUCUUCAACGGCAGAGAUUAUGGAACCAGCUUCAUCUGCUACAAACAACAAAACCAAAAAGAAGAAGAUGGCGCCUACCAUAUUCUAUGCUUCGAGGACACAUUCACAAAUUACUCAAGUGAUUCGAGAGUAUCGGAAAACAACUUACCGGGUGCCAAUGGCUGUUUUGGCUUCACGAAAACAUUAUUGCACAAAUGCACGUGUACGUGCAAAUGAGAACAUUGACGAAGAAUGCAAGCUUCUUCUGAAGAAUGGGGAAGUAGGAUGCCCAGAAUUUAAGAAUGUGAAACAAAUCAGAGCUCAUCCCUCACUUCAAAAAGGAGGUUGCCAUGAGGCCCAUGAUAUUGAGGAUCUUGUGAAAGUUGGACAAGUUGUGAAAGGUUGUUCAUAUUUUGCGGCAUGUUCUAUGGCGGAGGAUGCACAAUUAGUUUUCUGCCCAUAUAGCUACAUUGUUAAUCCAAUUGUUCGUAGAGCAAUGGACAUAGACAUUGAAGGGGCCAUUGUGGUUCUUGAUGAAGCCCAUAAUAUAGAGGACAUGGCUCGGGACUCUGGUAGUGUGGAUAUUGAAGAAGAUGUUUUGCAUGAACUGCAGAUGGAACUACAACAACUCUGUUCAACUGAUGUAUUGGUUUAUCAACCUUUGUAUGAAAUGACACAGGAAAUCAGAAGUUGGAUGGAACGGAGGAAAAGUUCCUUAGAAAAGCGUGAAUUUCAGCACUACUUCUCAUGUUGGACUGGUGAUAAGGCCCUGAAAGAGCUCCAAGAAGCUAAUAUUUCACAACAAUAUUUCCUGAUUUUGCAAGAAUGUGUAAAAAAGGCAAUUAGAGAUGCUUCAGAUACAGAGUUGUCCUUACCUCAUUUAAGUGGCCCGUCAGUGACAACAUUGGAAGGGUUAUUCUCUUCACUUAGUUACUUUUUCUCUGGGAAUGGGCUUCACAUAUAUGAUUAUCAACUUGUUUUACGGCACUAUGUUAAAAGAGAUGCUGGAAAUUGUUCUGGCAGCUGGAUGUAUACUUUCAGUUUGUGGUGCUUGAAUCCAGCUGUCGUCUUCAAAGGCAUUGCUGAUAUUACUCGAUCCAUGAUUCUAACGUCUGGGACCUUGUCACCAAUGAAUUCCUUUUCAUCUGAACUGGGUGUUCAGUUUGGAACUUGCCUGGAAGCUCCACAUGUGAUAGAACCUGAGUCACAGUUAUGGGCUGCUACAAUCCCUACUGGUGCUGGUAAUUAUCCAUUGAAUGCAAGUUAUAAAACAGCUGAUGGGUUUGCAUUCCAGGAUGCACUUGGCACAUCUUUAGAGGAGAUAUGCAAGAUUGUUCCUGGAGGUGCUCUAGUUUUCUUCCCAAGCUAUAAGCUGAUGGAGAAACUGUGUAAUCGUUGGCGGGAAACAGGUCAAUGGUCUCGACUAAAUGCACAAAAAUCCUUUUUUGUUGAGCCAAGAGGUGGAAGCCAGGAUGAUUUUGAUUCUACUUUAAAAUGCUAUUAUGAUUGUAUUCGUCGAGGUAACAAACCUCCACUUGGAAGAAAGAGAAGGGAAAAGAAAAUGAUCCUUAAUUACUUUGGUGCAAAAGAGUCCAUAAAAAGUUCAGAGGAAGGAGCUGCUUUUCUUGCAGUUUGCCGUGGAAAGGUUUCUGAAGGAAUUGACUUUUCUGACGAAAAUGCUCGAGUGGUUAUUGUCGUUGGCAUUCCCUUUCCAAACAUAAAUGAUAUUCAAGUUGCACAAAAGAAGAAAUAUAAUGACAUGUAUAAAUCAUCCAAGAACCUGCUUAGUGGGAAUGAAUGGUAUUGCCACCAAGCUUUUCGAGCCCUGAAUCAAGCUGUAGGCCGUUGUAUACGACACAGAUUUGACUAUGGAGCUGUCAUCUUAUUAGAUGAGCGCUUUCGGGAAGAGAGGAAUACAACAUACAUUUCAAAAUGGCUACGGAAAUCCAUUAGACAGUAUGACAGCUUUGACAUGUCACUAGAAGGAUUAAAAUCUUUUUUCAGAGAUGUCAAGGAACGCGGUGGAACAAAGACCAUAAAUGUCUUACAUGGUUCAGAUAAUAAUGUGGAAAAUUUUUUUUCUAUGGGGAGCAAAGGGUCUACACGAAGGAAAAAUCAGAAAUUGAGCAAGUCUAGUAACUUAGUAAAGAAAGCAGCCUUAGACCAUGGAAGGGAACUUGAGAAACCUGCUCAAGCCGAUGACACAGUUGAGGCAUGUGUACUAAUUGAUGAGGACAAUAGCAUCUGCAGAGAAUAUAUUGACGUAGAAACUGACAUUAAGAAAGACUCAAGGUGCUCCAAGGCUAUAAACAAGGAAUUUCUCAGUGAGAGCACAGAAAUAUAUAUUGUGAAAGAAACCCCUGGUAUGGAUUGCAAUAUCCCCAUGACCAGUCCACAAUCCUUAUGCAAGGAUGAGAACUCCACAAAUCAGGCUUCUACUGAUUUUCCGGAUCAAUUAUUCUGUUCAAUGUCCUUUACAAGUCCUAGUGGACCCCCUUCCAAGGAGGCAAUGCAACAGUUUGCAACUCCAGAGAGAAAUGUCACGGAGAUCACAAUGCCAGAAAUUGAAUCAUCUCUGAAUUUGAGUGUCAAUUCUCAUGCCCAGAAAAGGAGAAAGUUUAUUAGGUCACCAUUAGUUAACCUUAUCCAGCUAGAACAAUCUGACAGUCCUGAAACCAAAACUUCUGGCCUUGUAAGUCAUAUGGGAAGUUUAAUGUCAAGUAAAGAUGCAGACAAUGGAAAUGAAUUUGGUUCAAAGCACAUAUUUAAGAAGUCUACAGCUCCUCUUUCAUUCAUGGUGAAUAACAGUGUAUCAUGUUUGUCAUCUGGUCUUGACAUGAACAAGAGACUAAAACUUUUUUGUGCACUCUGUAGAAACCCAUUGGGUCUCUACGAAGAUAAUUAUGUUAAGUGCUCACUAACUUCAAUAUCAAAAGUUCAUCUGGCUUCUCUUUUGAAAGGAAGCAUGGAAGCUCCAACUGUGCAUACAUCAACAGGUGUACCCAUUGUCGUAUCUGAAAUUUCAUCAGUAAAUAAGAGAUUGUGUGAUAGAACCCUCGAAGAUGCUCCAGGACAGGGAAUCUGGUGUGAAGAAGAUGGGUGUGUAUUCAGUACCAUUUUUUGCCCAUUCUGCACUACCCGCAAAUAUUGUCUUGGCGUACAGGUCCUGGCUACUGAUGCAUCAAAUAUUCAAUUACUCAACAAGGUAUUAUUUUAUAUUGAUCGAUUGCAGAUUAAAAAUCCUGAAGCACCAAAGGAUGAGGAUCUACCUGCUUGCUGCUCAGACCUUGGUGAGACUGCAGUUUUGAAUUCCUUUGAGAAAUUCUCAUGUACUCCAUGUCAGGGCUCGGGAGGGUGGAGGACUACAAAAUCAAAGCUAAGACUACCAAAGAGAGGUCUGCUUUCUGUUUCAGACAGUAAAUGCGGCUUGCAAACAGCACUUGAUGUAGACACAUGAAUUAUUUUGUGCAUUCCAGCAGAUAUUACAUAGGGUGAACUUGCAAAUUUUGUGGUUAUACCAUGAAAAUGAUUAAAGGCAGGGACGGAUGCAACCUUUCAAAUACCCAGGCAAGUUUUAGGUUCUCAUAAAGAAAUAGUCACUGUAAAUACGGUAGCAUAAGUUAUAAUCUUACAGUAAACCUGGAUUUAAAGUUAUUCUUCAACAUCCUGGCCCUCCAUUCAUAGAUGCUGAAGUUGAAUCACUGACACAUUCCCUGCAGCCUUAAUCAUGUAUUACUCAACCUCACUUUCUGCCUCAGAUUUUGCAACUGAUGAAAAUUGUAGCACUGGCUGCCAAAUCUCUCUGGGGCAUUUUUUUUUUUUUUUUGCAAUCUCCCCUGACUGAUGAAUUCAAGGUUGACCCUUGUGGUUGGUAGGGGAUUCAGCUUGUUCUAGUUCUGAUGCAUUGCAAUUUGCAACAUGGGUCUACUAGGUGCUCAUCCUUGUAUAUUCUUGUGUAUUUCUGUUUAAUGUUUAUCAUUAGAAAAUGCUGAAUUUAUAGCCUUUUUUGUUUUAUGUACUUCUCUUUGCAUGUAUGUUGCGGUGAAAGAUUAAUGAGAACUUGCUUGCCCAGCAUGAAGUAGCAUACAAAUUGCCAAAUUGAAAUUCACGACUUCAUAUUUUAAUGGCCGGCCUAGAGGCAAGCACGGAGGACAUAUAAUUGAUUAUACGCCUAAAAUGCUGUGUGGUUUUGGUUGUAUUGGAUGUUCAGCGGCAUUAUGCAUUUGGUCAAUUGCGUAAAUGAAUAGAGAAAAGUUGGACUCUGUUUCACUUUACUGCCUCCAUGCCCAUGUGAUUUCGAAUGGUUUUGAAACGAAAAGAGAUAUUUUCUGACUCAUUUUGUAAUUAAAUUUGAGCUAUUUGAAUUGUUUGACAAGUUGAAUUUGAAUUUUGUGAUGCAAAAAUUGACAAACUUAAUUAAUCAAUUGUAAUUUUAUU